UUCAUCCACGUCUCUGGUUCGUCCCAUACACGUUACAAGGACGGAGCGCGCUCACGAAUCAGCAGCUCAGCGAGCACAUCCACGAGCGGAGUCACGAUGAGAAGAAGCCGUCGACUACAAUUAUCGGGUUACUACAACUCGGAAGGACUGCCUACCAUCUCCUACAAGCACUAUUCUUAUGAUAUCUUCAGGGAGCAAAGGAGUUCUAGAUGUGCCAACUUCGGCGCAUACUCGAUAGCAGACACCGUCCCUUGCAUGAACAUGGACUUGGAGAUGGAAAUGGACUCAGAUGCAGAAACCAUUCCAUACGUAGGCAUGGACAUGGACUCAGACGCAGAAACCAUCCCAUAUAUAGACAUGGACAUCGAUUCAGAUGCAGAAACUAUACCAUACAUAGACUCGGACAUAGAUUCAUACACGGAACCCAUCCGUCACCCAGGCUUGAACAUGAACACUGAAGCACGGAUGAUAGCAGAAGAAGAAAUCCACUUUGAAAACAGAAGGAGGACCGUCAUUAGUAGACCAUUCCCCAAAAUGAAGCCCAGGGAGAACAUUUUCUUGUUCUUCAUCACAUGCAUCCUGGUUUUUGUUCUGGCUUACCCGAUUUAUGCCAUAAGCUUCCCACCUGAAGAGUCUUCUGCAUCCCCUUUUGCAGGGGCCAUGGCCUCCAAUGCAUACUGCAAAGGGAAGAUAAUGGAUCCAAUAGAACUGAUGAAGACUCUGACAACAAAUGACUACUGUCUCCCACCAUAAAUUAGCAUUAGUAUCACAGGACAGGACACUGCUUUCAGCGAAUAUCACUGAAAUCACUCCUCAGUUUUCUCUGUAGUUUAGGAUUUCUCACUAACUGUGUGUCUGUGUUUUAAGGUGCAAACCAGAUCCACACAGGACAGAGGUAUGGACAGGUAAGUAUGGAGGUAAGAACGUCUACGGUCACAAGUUCAAUCAAGCUGAAAACAUUCAUUCAAACUUGUUGUGUGAAAUCUGUAGUUUUAAAAAAUACCUGCAGAAUCAUUAGAUUUUCACUAUAAAAUGAAUUUUGGAGGGCAUAAAAGCGUAAAUCUUUACAAUCUUAAAUAUUUAUUAAUAGUUAAAUUGGAAUAAGUAAGCAUCUUUAUUUCAGUAACAAAAAUUAAAUAACAAUUUUUAGUAUAAAUUUGAGAAAGAAAGGGCUGCACAGUGGAACAGCAAGAAGAUCCAGGGUUUAAAUCCCAAUCUGAGGUCUCUGCAUGGAGGUUCCAGGUUCUCCCUGUGCAUGGGUGGGUUCUCUCCAGGUGCUCUGGCUUCCUCCCACAGUGCAAAAACAUGACUGUUGGUUCAAUUGCUAAUUCUAAAUUGACCUGAGGUGUGAGUGGCUAUGAACUUAAGUAGUUCACAGUCACACAAACUAAUGCUUCAGUUAAUUAGUUUUAUAUGAUUAGUUUAAUAUAAACUAAUCAUAUGUAUGAUUAGUUUGUAUAAUAUAAAACAUUAUUAUUAUUCAUAUAUAUAUAUAUAAAACAUCUGACUGUUUUCAGAGUUUUAGCUUAGCUUGGUGACUAGCAGCAGACCAAUCGUAAAGGUAACUGAAUGGGUUUUCUGCAGGUCAUCUGGUUUCCCCCACAGCUAAUGUGCUAAGCUAGACUAAAUUGGAUGAAAAUGCAAAGCGAUAUAUAUAAACACAUAAGUUCAUUAUACACAGACACAUUUUUAAGCCUUUAUUUCUGUACACUAUGAUGAUUUCCCACUUAAUGCUAAUUAAAACAAAACAUUAGCAUCACAUAUAUAUGUACAUCUAUAUAUAUAUGUGAUGCUGAUUUCGCAGGUACAAUGUCUUCUCUCGUCGUUUUAUUCUCUCAUCAUGUGUGUUCAGUGACAUUACACCGUCAUUCACUCUGUGGUGUGUUUUCUUCUUAGCUCCAGAAGCCCUGGUUUGCAUCUCCACUCCCCAGCCGGUCGAGGCAGAUGGCCGCCCAUCCUGAGCCUGGUUCUGCUGGAGGUUUCUUCCUGUUAAAAGGGAGUUUUUCCUCCCCACUGUUGCCCAGUGCUUGCUCACGAUGGGGGAUUGUGUCACAAAAUGACUGCAAUCAGCUGGUUUCUUUAGAUAAAUAAAUUGGAUCAAUUCGAACUGCGUUGUCUGAGUUUUUGUUUCUUAGUUGGGUUACAAGACGUGGAGCUGAGUCAAUAUCAAGACACAAAUUAAAAGACUAGUGUCAAGUUAGAAAAAUCACAAAAGGCUCGGGACUUGACUUGGACUUUCACACUGACUGUUUUGUUUUUAAGGGGUUUUUUUUAGCGACAUCAAAACUAUAAAUUAUUACUUUUUGACUAAACCACAUCAUUUAGUAUUAUGACUUGUAUGAGAUUGAUUUGAAUGUUUAGGACUUGAAUGCUUUGAUUUUUGUUUAUAUGAAAUCUGCAUGUGUUUACAUGGAACCUGACAAAUGGAUUAAAUAACUUCUGAUUUACUUGUGAUUGAAAAACAAUGACUUGGUUGCAC